UCCUCCUCCAACAAUCUACUUUCAACAACAAUGAUAUCCAAGAUCAUCAAAAGAUCUCCCUCCAAGACCUUACACCGCCGCCGCCGCAAGUCCCCCAUCAAGAAUGCCGUCGCCACCGUCCACCGCUCUCUCUACACCUGCCACCGCCGUCUUCUCAAAAUCUUCUCCAAGUUGGCCCGUAUUAGCACUCCCAACCGCCACAAAGGCUACAAGGCCUUGAGGAAAACUGCAUCCACCGAACCCGACAUUGUACGAACCCUAAUCUUCGAGUACCGCCUCCUUCCACCUCUCAUUUCGCCGGCCAAGCGGACGGUUCUACUCGACCUCGACGAGACUCUGGUUCACUCCAAACUGGAUCCGCCACCGGAGAGAUUCGAUUUCGUAGUCAGACCGAGGAUCGACGGCGAAAUACUCAACUUCUACGUCCUCAAACGUCCCGGCGUCGACCAAUUUCUUGAAGCCCUAGCCGAUAGAUUCGAAAUCGUAGUUUUCACCGCCGGAUUGAAGGAAUACGCGUCGCUUGUGGUGAAUCAUUUGGACAAGAAAUCGGUGAUUUCGCACAGAUUGUAUCGCGAUUCUUGCAAGGAGGUGGAGGGGAAAUACGUGAAGGAUUUGUCUGUGAUCGGGCGGGAUUUGAGAAGAGUAGUGAUUGUGGAUGAUAAUCCAAAUGCUUACGCUUUUCAGCCGGAAAAUGCGAUUCCGAUUGCGUCGUUCAUUGACGAUCCGGCGGACAAGGAGCUUGGGAAAUUGGUAAAUUUUUUUGACGUUUGUGAUUGUUAUGAUGAUAUGAGGGAUGCUGUGAAGUACUAUUUGAGUAGAGAACAAAUCUGAAAAUUCAAAUUCUGAUUUAGAAGUUGAUUGAAAUGAUUAUUACUUGUAGUUGUUGAACAAUGCCUAUUGUUCAAUUCGAAAUUAGAGGCGUCU